AUGCCCCAACGGGGGUUCACACAAAUUCGUAACAAAAUCGCCAUCAAUCAGCAACAAAAUCCAUUUAUUCUAACGGUAUCAUCGUCAACUGCUGUUAUUAUUACUGCAAGUAAUAGCAGUAAUUUAUCAACAACAACAAUAACAUUAUCAUUGUUUACUCUAUUACCUGUAUUUCUUGUAAAAUUAUUAAGCAUUACUAUCGGAUUACUUGGCAAUCUAUUUGUUUGUAUAGCUAUACGAUUCGAUCGUCGCCUACAUAAUGCAACAAAUUAUUUUCUCUUUUCACUUGCGCUGGCUGAUCUAUUAGUUUGCGCACUUGUUAUGCCGUUGAGCCUUUUACAAGAAAUAAUCCAAGGUAAAUGGCGUUGGAAUCUAACAAUGUGUCAAAUUUAUACCUAUUCGGAUGUAUUCCUAUGCAGUGCAAGCAUCGUCCAUAUGUCUGUCAUAUCAUUCGAUCGUUAUUUAGGCAUAUCAAAACCAUUAAAAACUCGAAACAAGUCAAUAACAAUGAUUAUCAUAAAGAUAAUACUCGUUUGGUUGAUAACAACAAUUAUAUCAUGCCCGAUUAUGAUUAUCUCGCUCAUAGAUCCAAGCAAUAUCUUUCAAAAUGAUUCGAAUCUUUGCCUCAUAUCGAAUCGUUAUUUUAUGAUCUAUGGCUCAACAUUUGCAUUCCUUAUACCUUUUAUCGUUAUGGCUGUAACCUAUGUGAAGACAACCAAUUUGCUAUAUAAACAAGCCAAUUCAUUAACACAAGGACUGAACAAAAAUAAUGUCGGUGGUGAUGGGUUAAGACGAGCAAUAAUACCAAUUCGUAAAUACGCUGCAAGGUUAGCGACUCGAGUAUUAGCCGUCGUUUUUUGUUGUUUCUUCGUUUGUUGGACACCGUUUUUUGCUGCGAAUUUCGCAAGCGGAUUUUGUGGAGAAUCAUGCGUUAUACCCUCGACACUUGCUUCUUUCUUCUUAUGGCUUGGCUAUUUUUCGAGUACAAUCAAUCCAAUUAUUUAUACGAUUUUUAAUAGAAAAUUUCGUCAAGCAUUUCUGCAAAUUAUUCGAUGUCAAUGUUUUUGUAAUCAGUUUUCUUCGAAAAGACCACCUUUUUUAUAUGAAAAUACAACCGAGUUAGUUAUCGAAAUUCAUUUUUUUUCAUAA